CCCGCAAAAUCACCACCUGGCGUUCCCUGAAGGCGCAUGCGUGCAGCGUUGCCGCAUCCAAAAAGACUACAAACUCCAGAGAUACUUGCCGAAUCUCGCGCAAACGUCCGACGUUGAAAGUGGCUAAGGCUUCCAAGCGGAGGAAGUGGACUGCACUGGGGCGUGGUUGUUCGCGAUCCCUGCAUCUGUCACUUGGGGUCAAGGCUUGGCUCCUGCCCUGCAGACCCGCGGGACGACUCGGCCUCAGCGCAACUAUGAACUUGGAGCGGGUGUCUAACGAGGAGAAGUUGAAUCUGUGCCGGAAGUACUACCUGGGUGGGUUUGCUUUCCUGCCUUUCCUCUGGUUGGUCAACAUCUUCUGGUUCUUCCGAGAGGCCUUCCUUGUCCCAGCAUACACGGAGCAGAGCCAAAUCAAAGGCUAUGUCUGGCGCUCAGCUUUGGGCUUCCUCUUCUGGGUGAUUGUGCUCACCACCUGGAUCACCAUCUUCCAGAUCUACCGGCCCCGUUGGGGCGCCCUUGGUGACUACCUCUCCUUCACCAUACCCCUGGGUACUCCCUGAUAGCUUCCUCCACACAGGCCUGGGACCUGCUCAUUCGCCCAGGAUGGGCUUCUCUACUCUAAGCUCAUUCUCAAACCCCUAAGACUUGUUCCCAUUUCCUAUGUUCUUUGCUGACAUCCCCCAAUAAAGGACUCUAAUUCUCUA